AUGAUCACCAGCACCAAUGUGCUCCUGCGCUCUAUGAUAUAUAGCUCUAUGUGGCUUUUUUCACUUCAUACAACCAUUGCACCUUCGCCUGGAGCCGUUUUUGAUUCCGCCUAUGAUAGCUCCUCAGGGAUUGCUGGGACCCGAGAUGUGAGCGCUGUGACGUCUACGAUAGAGACAUCUGGAGCAAGAUUCUCACAUCCUCAGCCUUGUCGGCGAAGUAUGGAUGGCUGCCUUCUUGCUACCGGUCAUCACAUGCCCUCAACUGGAACGUCACCAGCAUCUGAUGCUAGUCGAACUUCCGAAGAAUCCAGAAUCACUCAAACUUUAGCACCACCCAAGUCAUGGAAGACCUCCGCAGCGCUCAACUUGCGCCGCUUGGAAGGAAAAGCUCUGAUGGGCUUCUUUCCAAAAAUAAGAGACGAUUGGAAUCUUGCAUAUGCGGCUUAUGAAGAGGUCCUCGCUGGGGCUGUCAGGUGGAAAGCUGAUUGGGUAGACACUGAGGGUCUGGCCGCGACACUGGCCGAUAUGAGCACCACAAGACAACGCUCCACAAACAUCCUUGGACUGAGUCCAGAGGUGAAAAACUAUAUCUCGCAAGAAAGGCUUCCGCAGUUGUACCAAAAACUCCAAAGCACCCUCCAAGAGGAAUUGGACCACCUCUCAGAGAAUGGAGGACUAAAAAGAGACAUCGACUCUAAAAUUGCGAUUUUGAACCAUUUGUUCAAAUUGGAACUUGGAGACCCAGAACUGGGACCGUAUCUCGACCCCCUAGAACGCAAGCUGUCCUCCCUGAACGAGCAACACGCGCCUACGCCAGAAACGGAGAUCCCUGAGACCUUAUCAACUGCGAAGAUCCCGCCUCGCCUUUCUUUCUCGGCUUUCACCAGACUUCGAGAACAAGCACCAAAAGCACCAAACUCCGAAAGGAUCUGGGCCAAGAUUAAUUAUCAAUUUGAAGCAGAGAAGAACCACCUCGAGUAUCUGAGAGGCCUCAAUAGGCCAAUACUCGGAGAAUGGACUAGCAUAAAACAGCUCACUACAGACUUCAUAGCGAAGGCCGGAGGAUCAGCCUGGAUUGGACCCAAAUUCUACCCACAGAAGCUCAAAGUUUCCGAAUACAAAACACUUCAAGAAAUCAAUCUACAGCGCAGAGCUCUUAUCGAACACGCUACUCGUGUGGCCGCACGCCCUCUACACGACACCAGACUGAGUUCCGAAGAAAUGAAACUUCUCCGGCAGAUCGAAUUGGAAACUCUGAUGAUAGAAGGUGGUUCUGAACAUUCAGACGAAGUCAGGGAAAUACUCGCAGGUUUGGUUAAUGGCGGCAAUCAAGAGGCGAUAGCUUUCCUACGUCAAGUAGACAUCGAGCGAGACUCUACGUCGAACGUGCCAGAGCAAGCAGGCGGUUUGGACUCUUUGAGGUACAAAGAAGGGUGGGAUUUUAAAGCGGCAAACUGUUUCUCCAAUCCCGAGUGCGGAGGUUACGUCACGACCAGUUAUGAUACAUUUCAAGAUGCAUGGUCCCUAUCAGAAGGGGUGACCCAUAAUUUCAAAGUAGAAGACACAAUGCAAUCCUAUAAAACAAUUAAUUUGGUCUGCUUCUGUUCAAGACCAAUUAUUGAAAAAUGA